AUGGCGACAGAAUCUGGUGGUUUAUCGAAAGAAGAGUUUAUACUCGUUCAGGAGCAGCUCCUGCAAUUGCGAAAUGAGAAUUACGAGCUGCGGGAGGAGAUCAGGAAGAAGAAUCAGGUGCAGCAGCAGCAGAGUUCGCCCAAGAGUGAGGCUCUUCAGUUUGCCAGCAAGGUUUGUUGGGAUUUUGAUGUGUUGAAUGAAUAAUAGUCGUUUUAGCUAAUCAAUAGAGCAUCAUCUUCCAAAAAAGAUGAAAAAGACGGAGAAAUUGAGGCGCUUCGGAGGAAACUUGAGACUCAGGAGCAAGAGUUUCGUCUUCAACAGUCUACGCUUUUCGAGGAACUCAAAACUGUAAAACUUAAAACUGAGAACAACAAAAGGAAAUUCAUUUUUGCAGCUGUCGAAUCAAAAUGAAACAUUGAAAAAUCAGAUGGCAUCUUACACAGAUCACCCACUGGAAAAAGAGGUCGGAAGGCCAGUGAUAAAUGUGACAGAGCUGGAAGACGAGAUCAGAACUCUAAAAGAGGAAAAAACGAUGCUUUGUGACGGUAAAUUUUUGAUAAUUUCAUCUGAAAUUCGAAUAAAACGAAUAUUCAAGCAGAGUGUCGUGAUUUGUGUGUAGAUUGUGAUUACGUAGCAAGCCUCACAACUUACGACAUUUUGUAUAAAGAAAGGAAACGACUUCUUUAUUACAGAAACAGUUCCAGCGCUCAACGAAAGAAUAUCACAUCUGAAAGAGCAAGUGGAAAACAAUGAAACACUCAAUAUCCAACUGGAGGAUCGGCUCUUGGCACUCAAAUCCGAAAAUGAAGAGCUCAAAAAGCAAAGUGAGUUUUCUUGGCCGUUUUGUUUCUAUUCUGCAUUUCAGAAGGCUCAUUUCAAUCUGAAUUUGAUAAAAAAGAAGAAAUACUCAAAAACCUUCGUGUGGAAAACUCGGAAAUCGUCAGCAAUUCGGAUUCUCGAGUGGAAGAGCUGAACAGUAAGAUCACGAGAAUGGAGGAGGAAAAGAACAAUAAUGCAGUGGAAAGACUACAAUUUCAGCAGGUUUUCCGACUGCUAAAGCUGUAAAAACAACCAGAAAACGUAUUUCAGGAACUUUCCGAGCAAUCCAGCCAGUUAGAAUCUUUGAGGGCUGAAAAUCUGAAAUUGAGCGAAAAAGUGAAGAAACUGCAAGAAAACUCCGUGGCGGUAGAGGAUAUUCAGGCCGAACACGGGAAAAAGACUGGAGAACUGAAAAAUGUAAGUGCCCUGUUCUUUUCUCACAUAUUUCUGCGAUUUCCAGACGAUUUCCGAGCUCACAACUCAACUCGAAGCUCUCAAAUCGGAAAACCACAGUUUGAGUGCGGAAAUUCAAAAAUCUUCCGAGGAAUCCGCGAAAAACCAAGAAAAACAGCUCGAAGAUCGAAUUCUGCUUGUCGAGACUCGUUAUCAGCUAGAAGUUGACGAUCAAAAAAAGAGGUUCGACGCCGAACAAGAUCAAUUACGCCUGCGGAUCACAAGUCUCGAGGAGAAGUUGAGGGCGAGCGACGAGGAGAAGAAGUUGGCGGUGAAAAAGCAGACAGCGCUGGUGAAAGAGCUGCAGAAGACGUUGAAGGAGGAGCGGAAACGGGCGGAUUCGUACGAGCGCAAAAGUGAGGAAAGGGCCGGAUGGCACGUGGUACCGCCCGAAAAUGAUGGUCACAGUCAUCAGGUGAGCACAGACUCUGGGGGUUCUAGAAGGAUUUUGAGAGAUCUCAGACGUUCGACGGCAACGAAAGUGUGUCUUCCCUCUCGGCGAUCGAGUCGGAAAACGUGGAAUUGAUCACCAGACUGGCCAGUUUGCAGAAGAUUCAUUCGGAAAACGCAGACACGGUUUGUCGGGGAUUUCAGUUGAAAAUACAAAAAUUUUCUUCAGAUUCUGCAAUUGGAGUCGGAAAAUAGCCGUCUCCGACGAGAGGUGACCGAAAAAGGCGAGCUGAUCGAGAAUCUGAUCCGGGAGAAGCCGCUGGGUCCGGCUUUCCAGGCUCAGCAGAACUCUGCGCUCACCCCGAAGCUCGAGGUGUCCUUCCGGAAGCUUCUGAACACUUUGAGCCAAGAUUCGAGCACUUCCGACGUCCGCGAGAUGAACAAGAAGUUGCAGAGAAUGCUCGAGGAGACGCUCUCCAAAAAUAUCAUUCUUCAGAGGGUAAAUUCAUUGAACAUUGGUUAGAUUUCUGCAAAAAUUCGAUUUUUAGGACCUGCAAACGAUAAUGGAACGGACAGGCCUUUGA